UUUCAAAUUUCAGGAGCUGUGGCAGUUGUAGCCCACAUUGAUCACUUAGAUUUGCAUGUUGCGAGCACGGGCGAUUGUGGAGCAGUUCUCGGCAUACAAUGCCCCGAGACAGGGCAAUGGCAGGCGAAAAAAUUGAAUACCGAACACAAUGCCGAUAAUCUCAAAGAGGUGCAACGUAUCUUAGAAGAGCACCCCAAUGAGGAACAUGACACCGCCAUACGCAAUGAGCGAUUGUUGGGGCAAUUGGCUCCUUUACGAGCUCUAGGUGACUUUCGUUACAAAUGGAGUAACGAAAUCAUGGACAAAUACGUCGUACCUACUUUUGGAGAGCAUUCUGUUCCACCACAUUACUAUACACCGCCUUACUUAACAGCGCAACCUGAAGUACAACAUCAUAUACUGAGGCCAAACGAUAAGUUUUUAGUUAUUGCUAGCGAUGGUUUGUGGGAUUUUUUAACACCAUCGCAAGUCAUAAGUCUAGUUGGCGAACAUUUAAAUUCAAAAAAGGUGCUAGAACCGAUGAAGCUGCCUACAGGAGAAGUUACAUUGCUUGAAGUAUCCAAAUUGCUAGCUGAACGGAAAGCUGGACGCGCACGCAAACCUUUGGAUCAGAAUUCUGCCACACACCUGAUUCGAAAUGCGUUAGGUGGCACCGAUUACGGCAUUGAGCACUCCAAAAUCGCAUAUUAUCUUUCAUUGCCGCAGGAUGUAGUGCGCUUGUAUCGUGAUGAUAUUACAAUUACCGUCAUCUAUUUCAAUACGGAGUACAUAACAAAACUCAAUGCCGAGACAUAGACUACAACUCGAAUCAGGGCUCGAUUUGGGGUAUUCGUCGUGAGCUUACUGCGAAUGACCAGCGAUUCAGGCCCAGUGCUAAAAACUAAGCAUACCUCAAUGUAGUCUGUGACACGAAGAACUAAGCCAUCCUCUACACUUUAAAUUGCUCUUUUAGAUACAUAUAUUUGUAAAUAUCUAAACCUUUUUUAUUUACAUUUUGGGAAAUUUAGUUUCCAGGUUAACAUAAAAAAAUCUUCGUUCCUUUUCAAGUGCUAUAAAUUAUGUUAGUUUUUAAUGAUAGUUUGAAAUUUCAGUCUUACUUAGCCCGCUGCUUGUUGCUUUAGUUUUUAAGGCCAAUUGUGAAAAUAGAACGGUGAUAUAAAAUCAGCUUUUUCAUUUAAUUAUGUAAUAUAUAGCGCAUAAAGUAACUGCCGCAUUUUCUUUUUUUUGAAUAAAAGGAUUUAUUAACUUUAUUUAUAUUAAUUAAUAGGGGUAUUCAUUAAAAGU